AUAUUCGAGCUGGAAAUUUGGUAUUUUUUAUCAUUUAUGAUUGUAGGCUUGUUUGUAAUAGCUGGGGCUUUAGUGGGUCCUCAGGCUGUUGGUUGUUGUUGUUUUGCCUCCGUGACCCUGGGGUGCUUAAUUUUUGGGUAUUGUGGGGCGGUGUGAUUAAGCCACUUUGUCUUUCUUUCGUUUCUCGGGGGUUUAUUGGUGAUUUUUCUUUAUGCUGUGGCCUUGGCUCCUUCCCCCCUUUUUCUUAGAGUUUGAAAGACGGUAAAAGCUCCUAUUAAGUGGAUCGUAGGUCUUUUUUUAGUGACAUAUGGGUUGGUGUUGUUGACGGGGCGGGGGCGAUUCUUAAAGUGCUUGUGUACGGGGUAUUAUGAGGUACCUUAUUUUUCCUCUCCAGAAUACAUAGGAAGUGGAUGGAUUAGAAGGUCUAGGUUUUUGUUUUUGGCAGUUCUUUUGGCCAUUUGCAUGGUUUCCGUCACUAAGCUGUGUAGGUACAACAAGACUGGGGCUUUGCGGGGUAAGCGAAGAACUAUAAGAUAG